AUGUCAUACGCUCCAAGCUUCUACGCGGAUCAAGCUGGAAAGCAGCAACAAUCUGGAAAUGAGUCGAAUCAGGAGCAGCAAGGUAGGUUCACAAGCUUCCCAUUGCUCAUAUUAAAGGGGGUACGGGCUAAUCAAAAUUUUAUGGAAAAAACUAUACCACCUGAAAGAGGAGGUUCCGUUUAGUAUGUUCCCAAAUUUUCAUAAUUAUUUUUCACGUUUAAAUACCAUUUUUCACGCGCAAACACGAAAAAGUUGCGCUCGACCUCAGAGAAAUAGCAUGCAGACACGAGAGACACAGCGUAUUUAGGCCCCGCCCCCUUCUAUGCGCUGUGUCUCUCGUUUCUCUAUGCUAUUUCUCUGAGGUCGAGCGCAACUUUUUCGUGUUUGCGCGUGAAAAAAUUCACGCGCAAUAUUUUUCACGUUUAAAAACGUGAAAAAUAAUUAUGAAAAUUUGGGAACAUACUAAACGGAACCUCCUCUUUCAGAUGGUAUAGUUUUUUUCCAUAAAAUUUUGAUUAGCCCGUACCGCCUUUAAACACCGCACCUUUUUCAGCUUUCGAGGCGGCGAUUCCGAAUUUGUCGACUCCAAUAGCAGAUGAUGUUCUAUCGCCAUCUCAAAUUCAAGAAGCCAUUCGACUCUAUCGAAAUGUGCUCUCAAACAACUCGGCUCCAUCGUCUCCAGUUCGUGCAACUCGCCAGCAACAUGUUCCAGAAGUUCAUUCGAAUUAUUAUGGAUCGACUGGAGUUCCACAAUCGUAUUUGAAUCAGGCACCAAGAGCUCAGGUGGCUCCGAAAUUCGAGGAAGAGCAACAACACGCUGAGCAAUUGAUGCAAAAAUUGGAGAAUUUGCAAAUUCAGGAGCCGAAAAUUGCACAGAAUAUUGUGAGUUUGAAUCAGCUGAAAAUUUCCAGCAUUUUGCACUAUUUUUCAAUGCGAAAUCUUGAAUUUUUGCUGAAAAAUGGCAAGUGCGCUCUAUCGCAAAUCCCCCGUUUCUACAAGAAAUUCAAAUGUUUAGUUAUGUAGGUUGGAUCCCAGGGGCCUUUAAGCAAAAAACCGAGCAAUUUAUCCUUAAGAAUAGCAAAUGCGCCCCAAUGCAAAUCCAGAAUUUUCUCAUAAAACAAUCAACUGAAAAUUUCACUAUGUUUCAACGAGAAAUAUUGAUUUUUUGCUGAAAAAUGGCUAAUGCGCUCCAAUGCAAAUGUCGAAUUCUCCCCAAAAAUUCAAAUUUUCAGUAUGGCCAAGAUGAAUCUGGAUAUUGUUUCAAUCGCCAGCAAAAAUCAAAUCAAGAUUUGGGACAAUCCGAAGAUCAGGAAAUUUUUGUAGAAGAAUCUGGCCAGAAAACACCAACUGCUUAUCAUCAACAAGUCUACACUCAAGCGCCGGCUCAAAAUUACACGCCCUCUAAAAACCUGGGACCAUCGGAAUAUAUCGGAAUGUCGAAUGACAAUCGAUUCAUUUAUGAUGUUCGCCAAUCUGCACCAGCGAGUUAUGGUGCACAACAGUAUUCUGCACCUGCUGCUCCACCACCAAAACAAGAGUUUUCAAGUGCCGCUGGAUUGACGACAACGGAGGAUUUGACACAAUUGCCCGGCGAAUCGCCGUUGAUUCAAUCGAGAUUUCGAGGAUUGAUUAGAGUGGGUUUUUUUGGAAGGGAAAAUUAUACAUACAAAAAUCAAAAAUAUUAAUUUGAAAAAUUGCUUUCUCAUUUUUUUGAAACAGUGAAUUUUUUCGAGAAUUUGAAAAUUUGAUUUUUAUUGUUAGUGCCAGAAAAUGUUUGAACAAUAAUUUUAAAAAAUUCAGAAAUUUUUUUACGAAUUUUUCAAUGGAAUUCAUCGGAAAAGUUUGAAAAUGAUUAUCGAUUAUCUAAAAAUUUAAUAAGCCACGUGGCAUGAAAUUCAAAAAAAAUGUCCUGAUCUUACAAUGAACAAAUCAAAAAUAUGAAUUGAAAAAAUGAUUUCUAAUGGAUCAAUUCAUUUGAAGAAAAAAUGAAUUUCGCGACAUUUUUUGUCGCGAAAUUGCAAUUCGUGAAACGACACGAAAUAAACACAAAAAUAAAGGAGAAAUAUUAAAGGGACACGUAAUCGCUGCGAGACCCAACACACGAAAAAAGAAUUUCCUCUUUUAUUUUAUUAAUUUCGUGUCGUUUCGCGAAUUGCAAUUUCGCGACAAAAAAUGUCGCGAAAUUCAUUUUUUCUUCAGAUGAAUUGAUCCAUAACAAUUCUGAAACAGUGAAUUUUUCGAAAAUUUGAAAAUUUUAAUUUGGUGCCAAAAUAUUAGAAUUCAAAUCUGAAAUUUAGUCGCCAAAAUUUCAAGAUUCUACAGCUGAAAAACUCAACAAUCAAAAAUAUAAAUUUGAAAAAUUAUUUCUCAUUUUUUUGAAACAGUGAAUUUUUUCGAGAAUUUGAAAAUCUGAUUUUUCGUGUCAAAAACAAAAAAGAAUUCAUAAGAAAAGUUUGAAAAUGAUUAUCGAUUUUUUGAAAGAAUUUUUUUUAUUAUGUAAAUUUUAAAAAUUCGGUUUUUUGUAGAACCAAUUCCAAUUCCUCGUCAUCAGAAAUUUCAUUUUAAAAACUGACUCAUAACUAUUCUGAAACAGUGAAUUUUUUAAAUCUGAUUUUUAGUUCCGAAAAGCAUUUGAAAAAUAAUUGCUGGUGAAAUUUAGGGCCACAAAAUUAAAAUUCGAAAAUUAAACCAAUUUCGGAAAUUGCCCAUUCUUUUUACACUGAUAGAGCUGCAAGAUCAAAAAUAUUCAAACAAAAAAUGAUUUCUAAUAAUUUUGAAACAGUGCAUUUUUCGAAAAUAAAUUUGAAAUUUACUCGCCGAAAUUUUGAGAUGCUGCAGCCGAAAAAUUCUGAAUUUUGUCAUUUUUUUUGAUUAGAUGAUCAAAAUACUUGAAACUGUAAAAAAAUGAGAAAUUCGUGAAACAGUGGAUUUUUUUGGAUGAAGCUAAUGAUUCAAAAAUAUCAAUUUGUAGAAUUAUUUCCUUUUUCUUUUUUCUGAAACAGUGAAAAAUUUUUUCUAUAAUUUUUGGGUUUUUUUUGGAAUGUAUCAGAUUUCUGCCAAAUUUUUUUCCCUAAAAUCCCCAAACCCUAAAUUUCCAGAAUGCUUCCACACCUACUCGCCAAUCAGCCCAACCAAUUGUUGUCGAACGUGUCUUCCACCAACAAGAAAAUCGAAAUUCCGGAGCUUUCGCUCCAAUUCACCAACCAACUGAAUCCGAAUAUCAAUUGCCAGUUUUGAAUGAUUUGGCAUCAUGUAUCGAAAAUUAUUAA